CCUAUCGUGUUGUUUUCGCUAAGUUUGGUGUGUUUUAGUUUACAAAGUCAGUUUUGAUUUGAUAGAAUCUAUUGAGAGAAGUUUUAUUACGUCCGUGGCUUUAAGUCGAUUGUGUUUUUACACUUUACAAUCGUGGAUUCCCCACUAUCCUUUGGUCUGUAAACAAUGAGCCCCGGACGCUUCGCUGAGAUGUCGUCGUACAUGUUGGAUUUCAACAAUCACAUACAGUCGUACUUUAUAAGUAGCACCUAUGGGAAUGAAACGCUCGUCAACCGAUGUUUGGAGCAACUGGCUUCCGGCGGAGAGAGUAGAACAUUCGACGUAUCGGGGUACCAGUGCAAUGUGUUCUUUGUUAAUUUGCAUAAACUCUUGAGCCACAGUCUGAAGAAAAGUAACCUCUUGUGGUCCGUGGUCGGCGUGCUGGAAGUUGCCGUAAAUGACGACGAGACGCGGUUAGCGUUGGUUAACAAAUUUCGUUUCCUACCGGUUGUUUCGUUGUUGCUGCUCGAAUUGCACACCCCGGACCAGCAGAAACGGGUGCUGUCUCUCCUGCAUCAUCUUUCCUACGGAGCCAAUGUUGAUGGGCAAGAAAUGUUUCUUGAGAGGCUCAUCCAAAAACUGCUCAGCUUGAUCGAACAAAACCAUCAGAAGAAAGAACGCUGCGAGGUGGCCCAGCUAGCCCUCUCGAUACUGGUGAACCUGUGCCAUCGGGAUCUCUCGACGACGUUUGUGCUGACGCGCAACACCAACAUCUCCGCGUUUUGUAAGCAGAUCAAAAAGUUUGGCUUAUUGGCGUGCAAAAUGUACAUCAUACUUGAGCAGAACGACUACAUUAAGGAGAUGGAUCUGCACUAUUUGCUACGGAUGAGCUUCGAGGAGGUACGUUUGAUGCUGGCAUCGCAAAAUAGCUUCAGCCUGAAGCACGUUGUCGAUUUCUUGCGGUACGUGAAAACGUUGGGCGACACUAGCGGAAGCCAACCGGUGCAGGCGGUGGUAACGGAUGAGUAUUUCAACCGCGAUCUGAAGGAGUUUCUGCUCGAAAUCGAAAAACAUUGGGACGCUCGAGAAAAGAACGGUAGCGAGGCGGCACCGAAGAAGAAGGGCAAACGUAAGGUCGAGCUAAAGAAGAACCGUACGACCGAUGGAUUGUUUGAAAUCUUGGAGUGCAUCGUUUCGCUGAAACCGGACGACAGUGAGUUGUACCGGAAGAUAUGCGAAUUUGGCCCAAUCCGGUUGAUCAAUAACGCGACGGAAGAUUGUUCGAAGGCGGUUGAUUUGCUGUGCACGAUUUUGGAGAAAAACUCAAAGGACGCUGCGUUCGCGGAGGAGUGCAAAGCGGUGUUGGGAAACUUGAUGACGACCCUGACGAAUAAUGAUGAUGAACGGCUUGCCAUUGCCUUUGCCCGAUUGCUGACCACGAUCGGAAGAGCACUGAAUGCGAGCGACGACACGAUGAACGAAGUGGCGGAACAAUUUUAUCAGCACCUCUUCGGCAGCAUGGUGAAUCAGGCCCAGGAAACUGUCCCGUUCGACUAUUCCAUUGCCGAUGGACCGGCUCGGGUGUACCAGUGGGCGUUGCAUGCGUUUAACGAGCUAGCAAAUCUCUCUCCGACGCAUUGGUACGCAAAAGUGACGAACCUGUUCAAGCAGAAACCGAUCCAAUUUCUUGUGGCAAAGGCUCUUACCGGUGGCAGUGAUCUCGAGCUGCUAGAGGCAAUGCUACAGGUCGCAUCAUCGACCGAUUUUCCCAAGCACGAUGUUGCGAUAAUGAUCGAUAUGUUAAAGACCAAUGGUCUCACUUCGAUGGUUACGUCCCCUGUGCAUGACUGUAAGAAUGGGCUUCUUCAACCACCGACGGGGUACUCCUUCGUUCGGGCUCUCAGUAGGGAUUUGCAGGAUCGUAUGGAUCAGGCCGUGGUUCAGAUGCAGGACGCGAAAGCGGCAGGUCUUAUAAACGAUGUAGAAAAGUCGGAACUCGUCGAAUUCUACACGUACAAGAUCAACAUGCAGACUAACCUGAUGAAUGAUUUGAGAAUCAGUUUAGAAUCGACGACGACGCAGAUAACGACACUGAUGCAUCAGAACCAGCUACUGAUGGCCGAGAUCGAUAAGAACCAGAAGAAAAGUUUACCCCUGUUGUUGAAGGAAUCGGCGUUAGAAAAUGAAAAUCGACUGCUGGAGCGUGAGCUGGUGAUGAUGAAAUCUGCCGCCGCAACGUACGACAAGAAAACGAACCAAAUGAAGCAGGAACUAGCCGAGUACAUCAAAAAGUACGGCGAGAAGAGCCAAAAGUGUGCCGUUCUGGUCAAAGAAAUUGAGCACCUUCGCACGCGCGAUGAUAACUACGAGAAGGAAAACAAACGUCUACACGCGGAGCUGGCCGUAAUGACAAAAAACCGCGACGACGCCCGGAAGCUGCUGAAGCUCGGCGAGGAGGAUAGACAAAAGCUUACCGAGCAGCGUGAUGCGGAACGUAAACAGUUCGAGUGUAAGUUGCGCGAACGUGAACGGGAAAUAUCGAAACGGAACGAUCUCGUGCAGCAGCUGGAGCAAACGCUCAUGCAACGGGACGGUUCGAUCGAAUCGCUGGAGGCGGACGUGAACGAUAUGCGAACGAAGCUGAAGGACCGGGAAGAUCGGAUAGCACAGCUCGAGGAAGAUCUGAAGGAGAAUGAAAAGAUUCAGCAAGCGAUCUAUAGUUUAAUGAACAAGAAUAAGAAAUAGUAGGUAUCAUUUAUAAUGGUGAUUUUUUUUUGCGGAAAGAGAGUAUUGUAAUAUAAUGACACCACGCUGCUAGUUUUUGGUAGCGAAGAUUUUAUAACGUUUUAAGCAACCAUUACCGGCCGAUAAAUAUUUUUAACAAACUUGUACCAAGCCUUUAGAUUGAUAUUUUUUUUUUUUAUCCGGAUCACAUAAGUUAAUUCCUAAUGUUUUCUUUUUUCGGUUGCUCGGU